AUGAUGAAUGAACGACCGGUCCCUUCACUUCCUCCUGGGUUGGUAGAUCCGGCUUCUAUGGCCGGUGAACAAGCGACUAUAAAGGCGAACGCCAUAUUGGAUCGAUUCAAUGCUGCUCUGGCGAAUCGCGAUGCAGAGUCUCUGGCAAACUGCUUCUACGCGAGCCAGGCGUAUUGGAAGGACAUCUUGGCUUUGACAUGUCACUUGCGUACCUUUAGUGGCCCCGGUGUCAUAGCCGCGGCACUACUACAGACCAAUAAAUCACGACAGAUCGAGAAUGGCGUUGCGAUCGACGGUGCAGCAAUGUUCCUUCCCGCAACCCCAGUCCUUGUAACAUGUCGCGGAAAGAUCAUGUUGUUGCCAGUGGAAGUCAAUUCGGAAUUUGGUAAGCCAGAGAUCGAUUGGAAGAUCUGGAUUUUGAGUACCAAACUUGAGAACUUGGAUAUCCAGGCGGAGGAUGAAUCAUUGCUCCGAGCACCUGGAAAGGAUAUCGGUUCAUCAGAGAGCCUGGAAACUGAAGUAUUCAUCAUCGGUGGGGGCAAUGCGUAUGUUGACCUUCAAGAAGUUUGCGUGAAGCUUGAUCUUAACCCUUGCUUAGGGCUGUUACGCUUUCUGCGCGCUUGA